AUGUUCUCCCGCAUGAAAGAAGGAAUUGUGCGACGUUUUACUUCGGCGGUUCCGGAGCGGAAUGAUAAGUCUUCUCAUCGCCAAAUGCCUAUUAAGGGGCGGCAGCUCCCAAUCUUGUCGUCAAAUAGGUGUGAAAGCACGGUUGAUGUCUUGACGAAGAAAUCACGGGCGUUGCCUGAAGAAUCGUUGCAUGACGAGGAGGUGCUGCGCAAGAUGCUUGCAGAGGAUCCUGUAGACCUCGAUAAGCUAUGCAGCAUCUGCAGGAGUGGCUGCCCGGCUCCGUUUCGUCGCGAAGUUUGGGAUUAUUUAACCGGAAACCUGCAACCCUUUUCCUCGAGCCGAGCCACUGUGCUCGCACGUAAACGACAGGAGUAUGUAGGAUAUGUGCAGUCUAGUUACAGUUCGGUAGAUUGGGAUGCCGCGUUGCGGGUGGUGGGGGAAGGAGAAACGACGCGUGUCAGUGCGACCUCAGCGGAAGCAAAACGGGGUGACAACACCUCUCCUGUCAGUGUUGGGGCUCCGAGUAAUAUUCGCCAGAGGCAGGCGGUGCUAGGAGCGCAGUAUGGUGUCCCUGGUGAAUCAGAGCUGCUGAUGCUGAAGCAGAUUCGCAAAGACGUGCCUCGCAUGGCUGCGGGUGUGGCGUAUCUUUACCAUGCAAGAGUCAUGCUCUCCAUUGAAAGGAUUUUGUACAUUUGGGCGCUGCGUCAUCCUGCCUGCGGUUACGUUCAGGGGAUGAACGAUCUUUUAAUCCCUUUUAUUAGCGUCAUUUUGGCAAGUCAGUUUUGUCCCUCCAAGACUGUGGCGGAGCUACACUCGCUGACAGAGACAGACCUGAACGUGUUGUUCUCUACUGAAGCCGUUAGUGAAGAAGAGUGGAUGUACACCAUUGAAGCCGACACGUAUUGGAUGGCGUCCUACCUUCUGAGCGCGGUGCAAGAAAACUACACAUACAACCAAAAGGGUAUUUGCAGCAUGGUACGCAAGUUGGAGGCGGUGACGCGUGCAGUUGAUGCGAAGCUUCACAGGCAUCUACGUGAAGAACUGCGGAUUGGUUUUAACCAGUUCGCAUUUCGCUGGAUGAACUGCCUGCUCCUGCGAGAGCUCAACGCCACUCAGUCUCUGCGGUUGUGGGACACGUACCUUGCAGAUGUAGAAAAGGAUUGGAGCACCACUCAUGUCUAUGUAUGUGCUGCGCUCUUGGUGUGGUGGUCUCCUGCGCUCUGCAAGGAGACGGACUACGGUGCCGUGAUGAAAUUUUUGCAGAACCUACCCACCGAGGAGCUUAGCACGCAGGAUCUCAGCGCGCUCAUAUCACAGGGAGUUAUGAUGCAGAAGUUGUACAAUGACACGCUGCAGCACCUUCGGUAG